AUGGAGCAAAAUGAAGAAAAUACAAAUAAUAAUCAACAAGAAUUAUUUUUAAAAUAUUUUAUUGAAUCAAUUCAAAAACAACAAAAUGGACCGAUUGAUUUUUCGGCAAAAAUAAAUCAACAAUCAUUAUUAUUAAUUCAAAAUCACUAUAAUAGAUUAAUACGACCAUUUAGUUCUUAUUCAUUAGCAGAUAAUUAUUUAAAUUCAAAUGAAAAUUUUUUAAAACAAUUUUAUAAACAUUUAUUAAAUGUUAGUUCAACAUUAACAAAUACUAUUCCAAUAGAGAAAGAUUAUAAAUCAUAUACAUCAUCAUCAUCAUCAUUGUCACCUAAGAAUCAAGAUGAUAUUUAUUGGGAACGAAGAAAAAAAAAUAAUGAAGCUGCUAAACGUAGUCGUGAUACACGACGAGCUAAAGAAGAUGAAAUUGCUUUACGAGCUACUUGGCUUGAACAAGAAAAUGUUAAACUUCGACUUGAAAAUGCACAUUUAAAACAAGAAAAUAUUCAACUUCGUUGUCAAAUUCAUCGUUCAAAUAAAUCUUAA